AUGGUCGAAAAAUUCAAACUCGAAAACACAACAAUACCAAUAACAACAACAACAACAAUACUCGCCCACCUCCUCAUCAUACCUCUUCUUCCUCUUCCUCUGCCUAUUCUUCUUCCCCGUCAUCUUCUUCUCCAUCUCCUUCCCGUCGCCCCACUCGUUGUCCCUAGACUGGCAGGGUGAGUCCGCUCACUCUAGCAGCCUGGAAUGUUUGUUCUCUUCUAGACAAUCCGAGGAGCAAUCGACGGAACGGAGGACAGCGCUAGUGGCCCGAAAACUGGCGCACUACAAGGUGGACACCGCCGCACUCAGCGAGACUCGUUUCUCCGAACAAGUCCAACUGAAGGAGGUGGGUGCCGGCUACACCUUCUUCUGUUAA